AUGCCCACGACCCCUAAAGAAUUUGCCCUCUUCGCGAGUUGUAACUUCCGACUGUUCAUUGAGAUUGUUGGGGCUCUCGUGAUUAGGUGGGCGGUAGGGGAGGUUUGGAGCAAGGUGAAAAGGAGUCUCGCUGCGGUGGAAGGCUGUGGAACCGGUGGAGAUCACGCCGGGAGUCUCCUGCGAGUGGAAGGCAUGGAAUCAAUAGACACCGGUGCACUUUCACUUGGAAGUCGUGGCACCGGUGGAGACAUGCUUAGUGGCGAGUCCUUAGCAAAUAUAGAUUGUCUUAACGAUUUGCCAACAUGA